AUGGCGCCCCACCGGUACAACCCGAGCCCUGCAGCCGCCGUACAGAGCGAGACCGCCGCUGCCGCUGCACCGGGUCUCUACUACGUUAGAAGCUGCACUGAUGUCUUAUGUUGUUUGAUCUUCAUCAUUGUCAUCCUCUCGUAUGUGGCACUGGGGAUAGUGGCCUGGUUACAUGGAGACCCCAGGAAGGUUCUCCAUCCCACAGACAGCUACGGACAGUUCUGUGGUCAGAAGGGAACGCCCAACGCGAAGAAACCCAUCCUGUUCUAUUUCAACAUCUUAAAAUGUGCCAACCCGGCAAUUCUCAUCAACCUACAGUGUCCCACCACUCAGAUGUGUGUGUCACGGUGCCCGGACAGGUUUGCCACCUACACUGAGAUGCAGCUGCAACACAAGCUCAGCAACAGUUACUGGGAGUAUUAUAAACAGUUCUGUAAGCCUGGAUUUAAUGACCCUGACAAGCCAGUGUCUCAGGUUCUCCGAGACGAGGACUGUCCCUCCAUGAUCAUACCCAGCCGACCAUUUCUCCAGAGGUGUCUACCAGACUUCAUCACUCUGAAUGGGACUGUGACUGUGGCGAACAGGACCAGGUUUAAAGAUGCUCUGGAGAUGCCGCGCAGCGUUACUGAACUCCAGCAUGCUGCCAUGGGUAUAACAGGACUAGUGGACACUAAGGAGCUGGGUGUGAAGAUAAUGGAAGAUUAUGCCAAGUCAUGGUCAUGGAUACUCAUAGGUCUGCUGAUAUCCCUGGUAGUGAGUCUGGUCUUCAUCCUGCUGCUGAGGUUCACAGCUGGGUUACUGCUGUGGACGACCAUCAUCACUGUCAUACUGCUGCUGGCAUACGGUAUGUGGUACUGUUCCAUGGAGUGGUCCCGGCUCAGACACAGACCAGGCUCUGAUGUUGCCAUUGUAGAAGUCGGCUUGCAGACUGACCUGCAGGUCUACCUACAGCUCAGACAGACAUGGAUCAUAUUAUUGGUUUCCAUGGGAGCGAUAGAAGCCUCCAUCCUGGUGAUGUUACUCUUCUUAAGGAGAAGAGUCCAAGUGGCCAUCGCCCUGCUCAGAGAGGCCAGCAAAGCCAUCAGUCACAUCAUGUCCACGCUGUUCUUUCCAGUCGUCACCUUCCUCUUGUUGACCGUCUGCAUCUCCUACUGGGCGGUCACCGCUGUGUACCUCGCAUCUUCAGGUGAAGCCAUCUACAAAGUCAUGUCCCCUAAUGUGAGCUGCCCCUACGCCAACAGCACCUGCAACCCUGAGACCUUCAACAGAACCAACAUCUCCAGGUCGGCGUUGUGUCUGGGGUCUCAGUGUCUGUUUGGCUUCUAUGGUGGGGAGACGCCCUACCACCGCCACCUCUUCCUGUUGCAGCUCUCCAACCUACUGGUCUUCCUUUGGUUGGUCAACUUCAGCUUGGCCCUGGAGCAGUGCACCCUGGCUGGGACGUUUGCUAGCUACUACUGGGCCAGGAGGAAGCCUCGGGAUAUCCCACCAUGUCCUCUUUUCUCAUCCUUCAGCAGGACCAUCAGGUAUCACACAGGGUCUUUGGCCUUUGGAGCUCUGAUUCUUUCAGUUGUCCAACUUCUGCGGAUCAUACUGGAGUACCUGGAGCAGAAACUAAGAGGUGUUGACAACAGUGUGUCCAGGUUCAUACUGUGCUGUCUGAAAUGCUGUUUCUGGUGUUUGGAGAAGUUCUUACGCUACAUGAACCAUAACGCCUACAUCAUGGUGAGCUGCUUUAAUGUGCUACUUUUGAAGUGUGAGUAGUUUGCCUACUUGCUAUGGACGGUCCUAGG